GGGUUGCUAUGGAUUUAUCUCAAACGCUUUUAGAAUAACAGCACAUACCGGUGAUGUCAGAACGCAGAGUCUUGAUUAUCCGGUAGCCUGUUGCCUGUGAUAAUCAACUUCGUAGCUGGAUCUUGGACACCUUUGUUCAGCUGCGCAGCGAACCCGACUGAAAGUACACGCAGUGCAUCAGAUAGGAGCUCUGCAGAUGUAGCCGGGAUAUUCAGCCCAGAUCAACCUCCGGACACAAGUCCAGAAGAAAUAUGCCUUUACACAGAUACACUCUGUUAGCCGACAUCGUCCUCCAGUGAUGUGAAAACUGGCUCAAGAUGACUCUGCUGACAGGAGAAGGUUCUGACUACGACUACAGCGCUCUCAGCUGUGCUUCGGACACCUCCAUCAACCAACGCCCCUUCACGGAGAGCGAGGCCGUCAAGGGAACGUUUUACCAAAGAGCACAGCUGAUCUCCCCAGGGAAGGACAUCUACAGCACAGUGUGCCCUGGAGACCGGAAGCAUCACGUCAUCAUAAACGUAGGAGGGAUCAAGUAUCUUCUGCCAUGGACCACCUUAGAAGACUUCCCUCUGACCCGACUUGGACAGCUCAAGUUCUGCACCAACUUUGAUGAGAUCAUGAGCCUAUGCGAUGACUACGACGUGACCUGCAACGAGUUCUUCUUCGACCGGAACCCAGGAGCCUUCCGGACCAUCAUGACCUUCUUGAGGGUAGGAAAGCUGAGGAUGCUCCGCGAGGUGUGCGCCCUGUCUUUCCAAGAAGAGCUGCUCUACUGGGGGAUUGAGGAGGACAGUCUGGACUGGUGCUGCAAGAGGAAGUACCUCCAGAAAAUCGAGGAGUUCAACGAGAUGUACAAGAGGGAGGAGUUGACGGAGACCGAUCAACCAUGCGAGGUUCCACCAGCGACCAGGCUCGGGCACUGCAUGGGGAAACUCCGAGACAUGGUGGAGAGGCCACAGUCUGGGCUGCCUGGAAAAAUCUUUGCCUGUCUGUCUGUGCUGUUUGUGACAAUCACUGCAGUUAACCUGUCCAUAAGCACCAUGCCGGCUCUGAGAGCAGAAGAAGAGAAUGGCGAGUGUUCACAGAUGUGCUACAACAUUUUCAUUGUGGAGAGCGUUUGCGUGGCUUGGUUUUCCUUAGAAUUCACUCUGCGCUUCAUCCAAGCACGGAGCAAAUUUGAUUUCCUGAAAACACCCCUGAAUCUCAUUGACAUCUUUGCCAUCCUACCCUAUUACAUCACCUUGCUGGUCGACAUCACCUCAGCAGACGAUAAAAAGCCAGGGUCUGGCAAUAAUUACCUGGACAAGGUCGGCCUAGUGCUACGUAUCCUCCGGGCCUUGAGAAUCUUAUACGUGAUGCGACUUGCUAGACACUCCCUGGGCCUUCAGACGCUAGGACUAACAGCGAGACGUUGUACCAGAGAGUUUGGCCUACUACUGCUCUUCCUGUGUGUGGCUAUAGCGCUUUUCUCCCCUCUGUUAUACCUCAUUGAAAACGAAAUGUCAGGCUCUCAAGACUUCACAAGCAUACCUGCCUGUUACUGGUGGGCAGUGAUCACCAUGACAACGGUAGGCUAUGGAGAUAUGGUUCCCAGGAGCAUUCCUGGCCAGGUGGUGGCCCUAAGCAGCAUUUUGAGUGGAAUUCUGCUGAUGGCCUUCCCUGUGACUUCCAUCUUCCACACUUUCUCCAGGUCCUACAUAGAGCUGAAGCAAAAACAGCAGAGGGAUAUGCGCAGACGAACGCAUUUCCUUUUUAAGACCAAGUCCCAGCUUAGCGACAUUUCUCUGGAGAGUGACAUUCUGUUCCACAGUGUGUCUUCUGAAAUGAGAGAUAAUGACUGAGAACAAGAACUGUACAUGUAUAUAUUUUUUUGCAUUAAAUUGAGCCUCUAAUAUCCUCAGGCAGUGUGAACCUGGAGCGACGAGGGUGAAUUAUUGACCGCUUUAUUAAAUGGCCAUUAUAAUGGGUCAAUAAUAACACAUAGCACCUAUAAUGGGUCAACUGUAACACCUAGCACUUACAAUGGGUCAACUGCUGACUCUCAUUGAAUGUGUGAUUUGUAAAUAAUAAAAUACCAUUUCCCAAAAAAAGGUUUUGCCCCACUAUUGAUUUUACAGCAGUCUCCCCUUUUAUUCACAGUGCAGAUUGAGGAUUCAGAAAUUGCUACAUCACAGUUCUGCAUAGACAAUAUUCAUUAAUUCUAUUUUAUACCACUCAUGUAGCUACAUUUCCAUUCAUUAUUUUUAUGUCAUAAAAAGUCAGUGGCAUACUGCAACGCAAAUACAUUUUAUUGCUAAGCAUGCUGGGUAUCACUUAAAACAAGCUCUAUUUUAAAAAACAUUGAUAUUCAUGUUGAUAUGAGUAAAAGCAUGGCCUUGUGUUGUGCAGGGAGAGUCAUGCGGUCAGGGAAGCCUAGGUUUGCCUCCUGGCUGUGUGAAGUCCCUGGUCUUCUCUGGGGAUCGCUGGCCUGUAAUUUCCUGGUCGGUGACUUGUGGCUUGAAAAAUCUGAAGAUUGUGGAGAGUUU